AAAUGGUUACCAACAUGGCGGUAACGAUGAAUUGUUUACCUGUCAAAGUCGUGUUAUUUAGCAUCACCUUGACUUCAGUAAUUAACUAAUUAUAAUCCGUCAAAUGUUAUACUCUUAAUUUGAAAGUGUGACGAAGUAGAUUUAAUUAAACCAUUUUGUAUUCACCAAAUUUUUGAUAUUUGUUUUGUUGUUUUCACUGAUUGUAAUUCAUUUAUAAGUUCUAAAUAUGUCUUAUUCAGUUUGUCGACAUGAUAUCCAAAUCAUGUUUUUGGAUUGAUGAAUAGAUGGGGCGCAGUCUCCCUGAGUUUAUAUAUUUUUUUGACAUAUCAAUAAUAAUACAUUGGUUUUGCAUUCCGGCCUUUGAAUACAAUUCUUCAUGUUCAGUCUAAUGGGAAACUGUGUAUCCUGUGUCAGAAGGAGCAGACGACCCAAAAGACCAAUCACUUUGGCCGUUUUGGGCCUUGACUGUGCUGGAAAAACCACAACAGCUAAAGGUUUAACUGGAGAUCCUUUGCCUUUGAACAUUGCACCUACAGUGGGCUUCUGCAGCGAGAAGUUUUCUUUUGAUGGGUUUAGUAUCACCCUGUUUGACCUGGGUGGAGGGAAGAAGAUCCGUGCCAUAUGGAAGAACUAUCUGGCCGAAAUCUACGGCAUUAUUUACGUUGUUGAUUCUACUGCUUUGGAAAGGAUAGAGGAAAUGCAAAACAAUUUCUGCGAACUGUUGGAACAUCCGCAGGUGUCGGGCAAACCUGUGUUACUCCUGGCAAAUAAGCAAGAUAAGGAAGGUGCUGCGGACGAGCAUGAUAUCUGUGAGUUUCUAAAUCUAGAAUCUGUCGUCAACAGGAACAAGUGCCCUUGUUUUAUUGAGAGUUGUUCUGCUAUUAAAGGAACAGGUACAAAGAUGGAUCCCAACAUCAAGAAUGGCCUCCAUUGGCUUUGUGAAGCCAUUGACAAGCAGUUUGAUGCAUUAAAAGAGCGAGUGGAGCAGGAUAUAGCCAUUGAGGAAGAGAAACGGAGAAUAGAAAAAGCUGCUAAAGCAGAACGAGUUAGGAAAAUGAGAGAAGAAAGAAAAGAGAGGCAGAGGAGAGAUGAACGACUUGGUGUUGAGAAAGAGGAGAGUGAAGAAGAAGAUAUGAUAGAUGGUGACCCCUUCAAAACUCUUGAUGUGAAGGAACUUGAGAAAAAGGAAAAAAAAUUAAAGGAGGAAAAACAGAAGAAAAAGGAACAACUGAAAAAAUUAAAAGAUGAAGAAUCACGAUUAAAGUCAUCAAAAGAGGGAGAAAUAGAUCAUCUCCAUACACCAAGAUCUACACGAAACUUUGGACCACUGUCUGACCCCUUGACCCUAACAGCCACUUCCUUGGACAUAUCGGAGGGAAGUGCGAUUCCAAGAUCAUCACGUCUCUUGCCACCUUUACAAGAACCUCUAGGCACAAAGUUUGUUCAUGAUGAAUCAGGUGUGAAACAGAAAAAGAAAAAGAAAGCAAAACAUGAGACCGACCAAGCAAAUCAAGAGAAUCUGACCGAGACCCAAAAAACCAUGCAGUCUGUGUCAAAUAUUGAAAUAUCGACAAGAAGCCUGGAUGAUGACAUUAAAGGGAAGGAAUUUGAUGACAGUCAGCCAUUGUCUGGUCACGGUAAAUACUGCACCACUGAGCAAAUAGGAGAUGGUGCUGCAGUCUCGCCAAAAGAAACGAAAUUGAAAAAGAAAAAAGCCAGACAGGUCGGCAGCAGUAAUGGAUACGUUCUUCAGGAUUUAUCCAAUCCAAUGGAGACAGAAGAAUCUUUGAACAGCUCAGUUCUAGAAGACAGUGAUAUAGUCAAUUCAACUGAAGUCAGAAAAUUGAAGAAGAAGAAAGCUAAACGCAACCAAGUGAUGCAGUCGGACGAAGAAACAAUGUUUUCAACAAAAUGGAAUUUUGUGGAAGACCUUCCAGAAGUCGAGAGCACAAAUUUACGUCGACCAAACAUGGACGAUGAAAAUGUCGUACUCUGAUAAUAAACAGUUUAGUUUUCAUGACAAUCAUAUUAAAUUUUAGCACACUGCAUAAUACCACAUGUUUUUGACAUUUUAUUAAAAAAAAUAAUGUAAGUCAAAAUAUAUAUUAGAAAAUAUCAAUGUUCAUCAAUGUUUUUGUUUCUGUCUUUGUCUAUUACUUGUUUCAUUUACAAUUAAAAGGCCUUUCAAAUGGUUUGAAAUGCUGGAUGUAGUGAAUUACUUUUCCACUUGGAAAAAGGUUAAAACUGGGAUAGCAUUUGAAAAGGAUAAACUAAAAUAUGUGUGUUUUGUUGGUCAGUGAAUUAUAAGAUCCUGUAAUGUAUAAUUUAAUUAAUAAAUUUCCAUAAUUUUAAAAAAUAUAUUUUCCAGCUGUUUGCCAUGCAAUUGGAAAUCCACCAGUACUUUAUUGUCUUUAAUGAAAACGUCUGCCAUUUUUAUUUAUUUAUUUGUCUUGAUGUUUUUUGCAACCAAGUUAGAAUUUCGUAUGAAGUUCAGAAUCUUACAAAUGUGUAGUUUUUAUUAAUUGUUCUCAUUUUAUAUGUUUUGUGAUUUUAACAUCCACACUUUUCUUCCAAGCAGGCCAUGUGGAUAUCGCAGUAUUUUAUUUAAUAAUGAGGAUGUUUGAAAUAAGACUUUACGUUAAAUUUUUGAAUUAAUUUUAUUAUGGUCAGAGCUUCAUUGAACCUGUUCAUUAUUUUCCUAAUUUGAUAAGUUUAUUAUUGCCACAAAGUGUUUUUUUUACUCACAAAUCAUCAUUGUAUACUGAGAAUCAAAACAUUUACCCAUAGGAAGUAAUAAAUCAGAAUUCCAUUUUGACAAACGCAGAGUUAUACAAAUAAUAUAUUUUAUUAUAUUAUAUUAUUAUAGUUAACUUGUAUAUGUUGUAUCUAUUAAGGCAUGUUAAGGAAGAAUUAAUGCAUGUUAAGGGAGCCAAGCGAUAACCGUCACUUGCAAGACUGGCUUUUGCAUCUGAUGUUAAAUGAUUGUGAUAUGAAAGCAAAUAAUUGUAUCAAGUCAACCUCUAAGUACAUUUGCAGUGUGUGUAUGUGGGAUUGGUUGAUGGAACCCCUCUAAGUGCAUUUGCAGUGUGUGUAUGUGGGAUUGGUUGAUGGAACCCCUCUAAGUGCAUUUGCAGUGUGUGUAUGUGGGAUUGGUUGAUGGAACCCCUCUAAGUGCAUUUGCAGUGUGUGUAUGUGGGAUUGGUUGAUGGAACCCCUCUAAGUGCAUUUGCAGUGUGUGUAUGUGGGAUUGGUUGAUGGAACCCCUCUAAGUGCAUUUGCAGUGUGUGUAUGUGGGAUUGGUUGAUGGAACCCCUCUAAGUGCAUUUGCAGUGUGUGUAUGUGGGAUUGGUUGAUGGAACCCCUCUAAGUGCAUUUGCAGUGUGUGUAUGUGGGAUUGGUUGAUGGAACCCCUCUAAGUGCAUUUGCAGUGUGUGUAUGUGGGAUUGGUUGAUGGAACCCCUCUAAGUGCAUUUGCAGUGUGUGUAUGUGGGAUUGGUUGAUGGAACCCCUCUAAGUACAUUUGCAGUGUGUGUAUGUGGGAUUGGUUGAUGGAACCCCUCUAAGUACAUUUGCAGUGUGUGUAUGUGGGAUUGGUUGAUGAAACCCCUCUAAGUACAUUUGCAGUGUGUGUAUGUGGGAUUGGUUGAUGGAACCCCUCUGCUCAGGUUAAUGUUUAAUUUUUUGUUUCAUUCCUGGACAUGGGUUCUGACUGCAUUUAUAAUUGUGUGUGAACGUACAUGUAUUAUUGAAGAGCUCCUAUUUGUUUGUGAUGUAUAUACACAGUUUUUAUAUAUGCAGCUGAUGAAAUAAUGUUUUGCAUGGUCUUUGCAUGAACUUAUGUUAAGUAUUUUUUUUAUUGUAUGUACUUGGAUGCAGACACAUUUAUUGUAAAGUGUCACUGUGAUAUUUUAACUCAUUGAUUCAUUGUUAUCCGUCCAAUUGUUCUACUUUAUGCUUGCUUAUUAAACUUUUGAGUUCCAAUUUUUUUUACAGUAAAUUCUUUUGCAAAGAAGAAAACCCUGAACAGUUACAAUACUAGACCCAUUUGAUAAACUGCUAGUACAUAUGCAGAGCUUGCAAAAAAAAGCCAUAUUAUCUAUUAAACAUUAUUUUUCAAACAAUGUUCAAUCAUUACAUGAAUUUAUUUUGCCAGGCCCAGUGGUAAAGUGCUCGCUUGAUUUGCGGUCGGUCUGGGAUUGAUC